UUUGUGUGUCUUGGUUUAUGGAGCAAUUUUAAUUCCCAUUCGGGGAUGCCGAAUUGGCUAAACCAGGUGCGUGCAUAUAGAGGAAUUCUUGGGCUGUCUUGAAAGCCUACACUGCCUGCACAUUUGUAGGAGAGGCUGUCAAUAUCAAGCUAAUCUACUGGAACAUCACAAGAACGAUCCAAAUUUGGGCGCAGUUGCUGGAGGAGCUGGAUGAUGAAGACUAAGAAGACACAAGGGCUGGGUGUGAUGGCUGUUGUAAUCGCGUAUGUUGAUCAAUAAUUUUAAUUUUCAGAUUAUGCUAGUACUUUGUGAAUGUUUUUGGUUCCCAGUCAUAUAUAUAUAUAUAUAUAUAUAUAUAUAUAUAUAUAUAUAUAAUGCUUUCUCCCUCUAGAUCUCUCCGCGGCUAGGGUUACGCCGGCCGCCGCUAUGGCGGUCCGGCGACCAUCUUCCAUACAUGACCAACCCUCUCCCUCAACCUACUAGGAAUCGCAGCUUCAACCACAUAGCUCUCAAGGGUGACUUCAAACCAGCGACAAAAUUCAAAGGGCAACCGGCCAUCUCCUUCUCCGAUGAGGACAUCAACCAUCUGUCUGCGAGGUUUGUUCCCACAAUUGUGGGACGAUUCACCAAGGGCAGACCUUGCCUUAUUUCAAUCCGUAAGGCCUUUGAACGAAUCGCUUUUGAAAAGGAUUUUACUGUAAGUUUGCUGGAUGAAACUCAUAUCUUAAUCAAUUUCGAAUCUGAGAACGAUUUUCUGAGAUGCUUGCUGCGAAAAUACUGGAAGAUUAAUGGUUUUNUUGAAAGUGUUUCGCUGGACUCAUGAUUUUGACCCUGCUAUUGAUUCCCCUCUAAUUCCGGUUUGGAUUAGUCUUGAAGGUCUUCCAAUUCAUCUAUUUGACUCUCUGGCUUUGUAUUCUAUUGCCAAUUUGAUUGGUAAACCUCUGAAAACAGAUGCUGCAACAGCAAGCCUGUCAAGGCCAUCUGUUGCUCGUAUUUGUGUCGAGGUUGAUACCAGCAAGGACCUGCCCAAUGGUGUCUGGAUUCAUCUUGGCCAACUUACAUUUCACCAGCCUAUCAUUUAUGAAGAUCUUCCUGAAUAUUGCCCCUCCUGUAAAUCAUUUGGACAUAAAAACUGCAAAAAGGCCACAACAUCUAGAUGGGUGGUGAAGGACACAACAGGGACUGGGAAUACAGCACCUGCUGUAGCCGUCCCUUCGUUGUUGCUCCAAGCUAAUUUGCAGCCGGUGGAUAAACCAGAUGAUGCCCUGAAUCAUGAUGGUCCAAAAGAGAAGGAGGAGACCACUGUUGUGGAAACUUGCUCCUUUGCCCAGGUUGAAACACACUUGACACAACCUGUCCUAAAAGCUGUCAAUGGGUUGGAACACUUACUAGUUACUACAGCUAAAACCUUUGAAUCUGAAAAUGAGGAACAAUCUGCAAUACACACAGCUACACAUAAGGCAAGUGUUGAAGCUUUGGCAACCACCAUUAUAAUGGUAGGGAUGCUGAGGCUCCUGCGCCAACUGGCAGUGCUGAAGACAAAGGUGUGUUGGCUAAGAUGGAACAAAUCCGGGUUAGUGAGGAUGCUCCUACUAACAAUGACCCUAAUUCCAGGAUUGAACCAAGCUGUGAGGCACACAAACUGUCCCCUAAGACAGAUUUGGAAGGCACACAGUACGAAGAAGAAUUCCCGCCCCUCUCUAAAGAGUCUGUAACUGCUACACUGGAUGAUUCUCCAGCCCAAAAUCAAAGUAGUGAUGCACACACUCUUUCCCCCGAGAAAGAGAUGGAUGGCACACUACCCCCUUCAAUGAAUGGAGAUGAUGAAAAUAUUUCUGAUCCUACACAUAUCACAAAUAUCCCCCCACCUAUAACUAACUAUGCAGGUCAUGACCCAACUACUAUUGGACCUAUUCUUCAGUCUUUUGAGGUGGAUGGUGAACAUUAUGAAAUCAGGUCCUACGUUGAAGCGGAGACAAGUAACCAAAGGGAGGAGCCUGACUUCAAAGAUGUCCAGAGCAGACGCAGCAAAAAAGUGGGGAAGAGGGGAACUGCACCAAGGACGAUUAAAACUAGAUCCAAAUCUUGAAGUUGGAACGGUGAGCGAGAUCACUAGAUAUUGGCCUAGCCGCAAAUCAACCACAAUGGAGAAAAUCGUCACUACCAAAAGUUACUCUCGGCCCUUUUGGUACGUUGGACCCGUCGGCCCAAUUGGAGCAGAUGGGAAAAGACCAAAGAAAAUAAUGCCCAGAAACCUCGCCUUGGAUCAGCACCCGGGUUUUAUAAUUUGGGAAUGACCAUCUGUUUUAUCUCUCGUUUCAUUUCUCAUUCAGUUUUACUUUCAUGCAUCUCUAGAGGGGCAUUGGCCUAGUCCUCCCCUCCCUGUACCUUUCUUUUACCUUUUUGCAAUAAAAUUUUUGUUUUAUUAAAUAUAUAUAUAUAUAUAUAUAUAUAUAUAUAUAUAUAUAUAUAUAUAUAUGGGACAUUUCUAAUAUUAAAGACUUCUUAUGUGUUAAAUGGGUCCUUAAGCGAAAUAACAUUUGGAACUACAUUCUUAAACCAGAUUGCUGCUGGAAUUGGAAAAAACCUAUUCAGACCGGAACGGGUAUGGCUAAUAUGUGAUGGCUACAAUUGGUUGAUUGGUCAAAGACCUUAGGUUUGCUGGGCUAAAACUCAUUGGAGUACUCUCAUUAUCCGUAAACAUCAAUUCUUUUUUUGGAUGCUUACCAGAGAAAGGGUUCAACCUAAGGACAAUCUUAGCAAAUUCAUUGAGAUUUCUCUCGAGUGCCAUAUUUGAUAUUUGUGACUCUACGAUCAGUUUUUUCUGGGAAUGUAAAUAUAUGCAUCACUUUAAUUCUAAGAUCUUUUUGUGGCUAAAGCAGGUGCAAGGAAGAAGCUAUAGAGGAAUCUACUGUGCUGCAUGGGCCUACUACUCACUUUAUUUGGAAGUCCCGAAAUCAUUGCUUAUUUUGAAGGAGAGGUAUCGAUGUUGAAGAAGCUUUUGCUCAUGUUAAAUUCAAACUUUGUUCCUAUAUUAAUAAUAGUAGAUCCAAAUGAAAUUUCCCUCUGUUAUAUGGAGUAGUUUCUUUUUUACUCCUUAGACUUGUUUGAUUGAGGUUUUUGUAAAACCCUUGUCUUUUGAUCUACCUCCUGGUGUGCUUUUCCACAGGAGUGUUUAAUAAAGUGCAUUUUGGUUA